GAUGAUUCCCGAAACGUGGCAAUCAAAGAUACAUGGUUGCUUUGCUUAUUACGAAACUGGUCAACAUUUCAUCAACCAUGACACGUGUCACUCAUUCACUCUCUCUGUCCUUCUUCACCUAUAUGCUAUUGCUUCCUUCUCUAACCACUCUCAUGCUGACUAAUGUAAUACUACCUUCUCUUCAUUCUCUCCUCUCUCUCUCUCAUCACGACGGUUACAACCAUAUCCUCUCUCUCUCUCUCUCUAAACCGAUAUGGAAUCAGAGAAACACUAUGCUUCAGCUUCUUCUUCUCUCACCCCUACUUCUUCAUCCUCCUCUUCCUUUUCGUCUCCGUCGGAGGAGAUUGAGGCGGCGGAGACUCUAGCUUACCUUUCGCGAUUAGCAAUGCGCCGCCACACUACUCAUUCCACCGAUAAUUGCUGCACCAAACGAUUCAACCUCGACUCACCGAUUCCUCACUCGGAUCUUCCUCCGCCUAGUAGGGGCCAAGCUGUUGCAGGUGAUCAGCAGCUGGAUGAAAAAAUAUCAUGCACUACAUCCAUAGAAACAGAAAGGAAUCAGCAAAAUGACCGCUUACGAAAAUUCAAGGUGGAGCAGGAUGCUGAUUUAUCUAAAACUAGUCACUGCAACAAGUCAAGACGUGAUUUAACAGAGGAAGAAAAAGAAGCACGGAGGAUACGAAGGGUAUUGGCAAAUAGGGAGUCCGCUAGGCAGACAAUUCGCCGCAGGCAGGCUCUGAGUGAGGAGUUAAGCAGAAAAGCUGCCACCUUAGUGCUGGAAAAUGAAAACCUAAAGAGAAAGAAGGAGCUGGCUUUGAAAGAGUAUCAGUCUUUAGAGACUACAAAUAAGCUCUUAAAAGAACAAGUUUCUAAGUCAAUAAACACGAAAGUGGAAAAAACUCCUGUUGAGCAGGAGUUAUCUAUGGCCGAUGUAGCACCUACAUCUGGUACUAGUCCAUGGUUUCAUUAUAACCAUUUUCCAGUUAGACAAUUAUUUUGGCCCUCCAUCCUUCAAUCUUCUAAUCAAGUUCAUACACCAUUUAACUCCAUUCCCAUUCCAUCACAUGUAUACAUACCAUGUCCUUCUGAGUCUGAAUCUCCUCACAAGCAAAAUAACCUUAUAAGUCACAAUCAAACACAAAAUCCAUUGUACAUGUUUCCAUGUCCUUGGUUAUACCCUCCUCCAGAUAUUGGAAAUGGACAUCCACCGGCUUCCAGUUGCAUAGAAGAUAAACAAGAUAAUCUUCCUCCAGAUAAACAAUGCAGUACUAGUUUAUCCUUAAAUAGAGCAGGAAAUGGGAAUUAUCAUCCAACUCUACCUAUCAAAUUGAAAACAGAACCUACUGAGUGGACAAAAUCCAGAUCUAGUAGUGACCCCGAGCACACCAUUCCAUCUUUUUCUUUAGAUGGAGUUGAACAGAAAAAAAGAUGUCACAAUAUAGGAAAGUUCCAUAGACCUGCAUUUGAUUGUAACAGACAUGCUUCUGUAGUCAAGCAAGAACCCGAGCUUCAGUUAAAUUUGGCUUCCAACUCCAAGGUAUCUUCAACAGCUUCUGGUAUCACAACUUCUUCACUGGAAAAGAAACAAGAACAGUUCAUAUGCACAGGAAAAAAUUUAGUGGAUGCAGUUGCUGCGGCAGAGGCACGAAAGAGGAGAAAGGAACUAACAAAAUUAAAAAGUAACCAAAGCCGCCGGAUGGAGUGAUCUCUCAGUAAACUUGAUUAAAUGUUCAAAAGGUGCAAAGGUUCACCAAUUAUCAGCUUUUACACCUGCUUAUGGUUUGAUAGAAAAGAAGUUUGGUGAAAUUGAGGAGGGUACAUGAAGCGAAUUCACUCAUGACCCUUGGAAGGGUAUUGAAUUAGCAGUGAUAGCGGGAAAGUUAGGUUUUUCUGAAAUCAUCUUGCUUUGUUUUUUAACUUCCAUUGUCAAGUGGAACAACUUUUUUUAUUUAGGAGUUAUUACUAUCCGGAUUCUUCAACUUUCUAGGAUGUCUCUGAGCAGUUUAAUCCCAUAAAUUGGGUGUACAAUAUGCUGUAUAAGGAUAACCUUGUAUAUUAUAUACUUCUAACUGUUACUUGAGAA